CCGCCCUGCCGUCCCCUUCCGCCCGGUCCCCUGCGCCGGGAGCCCCGACUCCCCGCGGACAGCGGGGUCCCCGGGGGCGGCUUCCUUUGUCUCGGCUCCCGCCCUCCUUCCGCGGCGCCCCUCGCCCCUCGCUCACCGCCUCAGCCCCGGCGAGGGCGACGCGAGCUGGCGCUGCUCGGCCGGAGGCGGGAGCCGAGGCGCGGCCCGCCGAGGCCCUUUAUUCUCCGCUCGCCGACGCGCGCCUCCUGCUCGCUGCCUUCGCCGCUCCCGCCUCGGCCGGGGCUGGAGACCCUCGCGCCCGGCACCGCGCCGCCGGGGCCCCUCGGGCCGGCGCCUCCCGGGAAGCCGGCCGGGCGGGGACGCGGACUCCGGGAAGACCGAGCGCGGCCGGAGCCCUGCGGACAGCUGCCGGCUCCCGCGGCUACUGGCUCGUGGACGCCAGGGCUGGCCGCUGGCCGGUCCAAGCUUCUCCUCUUCCUCCUGAGAACUCUGCCCACCGCCCGUGAUGAGCCUCGAGGGCCACGGCGGGGUCCUUCGGCUCUCCGGGCAGGGACCUCACUGAACUUUGAGCGCACAGCUGCUGUCAGCUGCCCCGGGGGUCCCAGCAUGGGGGGAGUUGCCCCGAAGAGGCCCAAGGGCGCCCCUUGAGGAGCCCGCACACCCUGAGCGUGGGGGCUGAGAACCCAGGGCCAUGCCUCCGCGGCCUCUGGAGCGGGCCCCGCGGCAGCAGCGCGGGGUCUCCCUGCUGGUGCGCUAUUUCAUGAUCCCCUGCAACGUCUGCCUGAUCCUGCUGGCCGCUUCCACGCUGGGCCUCGCUGUCCUGCUCUUCCUCAACAACUACAAACCUGGGACCCACUUCACACCAGCGCCCCCAAUGCCUCUGGAUGCGUGCCGAGGAAUGUUGUGCGGCUUUGGUGCCGUGUGCGAGCCCAGUGCAGAGGGCUCAGGCCGAGCGUCCUGCGUGUGCAAGAAGAGCGCCUGUCCCGCCGUGGUGGCGCCUGUGUGCGGCUCCGAUGCCUCCACCUAUAGCAACGAGUGUGAGCUGCAGCGGGCCCAGUGCAGUCAGCAGCGCCGCAUCCGCCUGCUCAGCCGCGGGCCCUGUGGGUCCCGGGACCCCUGCUCCAACGUGACCUGCAGCUUCGGUAGCACCUGUGUGCGCGCAGCAGAUGGGCGGACAGCCUCGUGCCUGUGCCCCGCCGCCUGCCAGGGGCCCCCCGACGGCCCAGUGUGCGGCAGCGAUGGUGCCGACUACCCCAGCGAGUGCCGGCUCCUGCGCCACGCGUGCGCCCGCCAGGAGAACAUCUUUAAGAAGUUUGACGGUCCUUGCGACCCCUGCCAGGGCGCCCGCAGUGACCUGAGCCGCGUCUGCCGCGUUAACCCACGCACGCGGCGCCCGGAGAUGCUCCUGCGGCCGGAGAGCUGUCCUCCCCGGCGAGCACCCGUGUGCGGGGAUGACGGAGUCACCUAUGACAAUGAUUGCGUCAUGGGCCGCACGGGAGCUGCCCGUGGUCUCCUCCUCCAGAAAGUGCGCUCUGGCCAGUGCCAGCCUCAAGACCGGUGCCCAGAUGUGUGCAGGUUUGGUGCUGUGUGCUUGUCCCGCCGAGGCCACCCCCGCUGCUCCUGCGACCGUGUCGUCUGUGACGGGGCUUACAGACCUGUGUGUGCGCGCGACGGGCACACGUAUGACAGCGACUGCUGGCGCCAGCAAGCUGAGUGUCGGCAGCAACGCGCCAUCCCUGCCAAGCACCAGGGCCCGUGUGAUCAACCCCUGUCCCCAUGCCUUGGGGUGCACUGCCCAUUUGGGGCGUCAUGUGCUGUGAAGAACGGUGAAGCGGAGUGUGUGUGCCAGCAGGCAUGUCCGGGCAUCUACGAUCCCGUGUGUGGCACUGAUGGUGUCACGUAUGGCAGCACGUGUGAGCUGGAAGCCACAGCCUGCGCCCUUGGACGGGAGAUCCGUGUGGCUCGCCGAGGACCCUGUGACCGCUGUGGGCAGUGCCGCUUCGGAGCUCUGUGCGAGGCUGAGACCGGGCGCUGCGUGUGCCCCUCCGAGUGCGUGGCCUUGGCUCAGCCCGUGUGCGGUUCCGACGGGCACACGUACGCGAGCGAGUGUGAGCUGCACGUCCACGCCUGCACACACCAGAUGAGCCUGCACGUGGUCUCAGCGGGACACUGCCAGACGUGCGGAGACGCAGUGUGUGCUUUCGGGGCAGUGUGCUUGGCGGGGCGAUGUGUGUGCCCCCGGUGUGAGCAGCCCCCACCCGGUCCCGUGUGUGGCAGCGACGGUGUCACCUACGACAGCGCGUGUCAUCUCCGAGAGGCAGCCUGCCAGCAGCAGACCCAGAUUGAGGAGGCCCGGGCGGGGCCCUGUGAGCAGGCGGAGUGCGGCUCUGGAGGCUCUGGCUCUGGAGAGGACGGCGAGUGUGAGCAGGAGCUUUGCCGGCAGCACGGCGGUGUCUGGGACGAGGACUCGGAAGACGGGCCCUGCGUCUGCGACUUCAGCUGCCACAGCGUCCUGAGGAGCCCGGUCUGCGGCUCAGACGGGGUCACUUACGGCACUGAGUGUGAGCUGAAGAAGGCCAGGUGCGAGUCGCAGCGAGAACUGUAUGUCACGGCUCAGGGCGCCUGCCGCGGCCCCACCUUGGCCCCGCUGCCCCCCGCGGCCCCCCUGCACUGCACCCAGACUCCCUAUGGCUGCUGCCGGGACAACACCACGGUGGCCCGGGGUGUGGGCCUGGCUGGCUGCCCCAGUUCCUGCCGCUGCAACCCACAUGGCUCCUACGGUGGCACCUGUGACCCAGCCACGGGUCAGUGCUCCUGCCGCCCGGGUGUUGGGGGCCUCAAGUGUGACCGCUGUGAGCCUGGCUUCUGGAACUUCCGUGGCAUCGUCACUGAUAGCCGGAGCGGCUGCACCCCCUGCAGCUGUGACCCCCGGGGUGCCGUGCGGGAUGACUGUGAGCAGAUGACCGGGCUGUGCUCAUGUAAGCCUGGGGUGGCCGGACCCAAGUGCGGGCAGUGUCCAGAUGGCCACGCCCUGGGCCCCGGUGGCUGUGAAUCAGACUCCUUGGCACCCGAGACGUGUGCUGAGAUGCGCUGUGAGUUUGGGGCGUCCUGUGUGCAGGAAGCUGGCUCCGCCCGCUGCGUGUGCCCAACAUCCACCUGUCCAGAGGCCAGUGCUACCAAGGUCUGCGGGUCAGAUGGAGUGACCUACGGCAACGAAUGUCAGCUGAGGACCAUUGCCUGCCGUCAGGGCGUGGACAUCUCCAUCCAGAGCCUUGGCCCGUGUCAGGAGUCUGUAGCUCUUGGUGGCCGCCCAACGCCUGUACCCGUGGCUGCGUCGGGGCCCAACCUGAGCACGGCACUGCCUUUCCCCCCGAGCGCCCCACCCCUGGCGCCCACCAGGACCCCUCACAGCCAGCCCACUCCUCAGCCCUCGCCAGGACCUCGGACCACGGCCAGCACGCCCAGGACUACCACGAGGCCCAUGCCGACCGUGCCCCCCACAGCCCCUGCCCCAGCAGCCAAGCUUGCCACGUCUGCCUUUGGCGAAUCUGGCAGUGCUGACGGGAGCGGCGAUGAGGGACUGAGUGGUGACCUGGAGGCCAGUGGGGCUGGCUCAGGGGGACUCGAGCCCUCCGAAGGUGGCAGCGCUGUGACCCCUGGGCCACCCAUGGAGAGGGCUUCUUGCUACAACUCCCCUUUGGGCUGCUGCUCGGAUGGCAAGACACCCUCACUGGACGCAGAGGGUUCCAACUGUCCCGCCACCAGGGCCUUCCAGGGUGUACUGGAACUCGAGGGGGUUGAGGGGCAGGAGCUGUUCUACACACCGGAGAUGGCUGACCCCAAGUCGGAGCUCUUCGGGGAGACUGCUAGGAGCAUCGAGAGCGCACUGGACGACCUCUUCCGGAACUCCGACGUGAAGAAGGACUUCCGAAGUGUCCACCUGCGGGACCUGGGGCCCGGCAGCUCCGUCCGCGCCGUCGUGGACGUGUACUUUGACCCUGCCACGACCUUUAGGGCGUCCGACGUGGCCCAGGCCCUGCUCCGGCAGAUACAGGCAUCCCGGCGCCGGUCUCUGGGGGUGAGGCGGCCGCUGCAGGAGCACGUGCGCUUCCUAGACUUCGACUGGUUUCCCGCAUUCUUCUUGGGAGCCACCACAGGAGCCACAGUGGCCACAGCCACGGCCAGAGCCACCACCAUGGUCCACCUGCCUUCUGCUGUGACCCAGCGGGCCCUGUCCCCCAGUCACACCAGCCAGUCUGCUGACAGGACCACAGCCCUGCCCACCACACGCCAGCCGCCCACCACGGCCCCCCGUCGCGUGCCUGGACGCCGGCCCUUGCCCUCAGGCACCCCGCAGCCACUGAAGCCCUGUGACUCCCAGCCCUGCCUCCACGGGGGAACCUGCCAGGACCAGGACCCUGGUGGCGGCUUCACCUGCAGCUGCCCCGUGGGCAGGAAGGGCACCGUCUGUGAGCAGGCACUGCACCCCUCUGCGCCAGCCUUCGGGGGCCACUCCUUCCUGGCCUUCCCCACCCUCCGUGCCUACCACACGCUGCGCCUGGCACUGGAGUUCCGGGCACUAGAGCCCCAGGGUUUGCUGCUGUACAAUGGCAAUGCCCGGGGCAAGGACUUCCUGGCGCUGACGUUGCUGGGAGGCCGGGUGCAGCUCCGGUUUGACACUGGCUCGGGGCCCGCGGUCCUGACCAGCUCAGUGCCUGUGGAGCCCGGCCGCUGGCACCGCUUAGAGCUGUCCCGGCACUGGCGCCGGGGUACGCUCUCAGUGGAUGGUGAGACCCCUGUUCUGGGCCAUAGCCCCAGUGGUACUGAUGGUCUCAACCUGGACACAGACCUCUUUGUGGGCGGCGUCCCGGCAGACCAGGCUUCCGUGGUGCUCGAAAGGACCUCCAUCCGUGUCGGCCUCAGGGGCUGCAUCCGCCUCCUGGAUGUGAACAACCAGCGGCUGGAGCUCAGCAGCUGGCAGGGGGCCGUGACCCGGAGCUCUGGUGUGGGCGAGUGUGGGGACCAUCCAUGCCUGCCCAACCCCUGCCUCGGUGGGGCCCCAUGCCGAGCCCUGGAGGCCGGCAUGUUCCACUGUCUGUGCCCCCCCGGCCGCUUUGGUCCAACCUGUAGUGAUGACAAGAACCCCUGUGAGCCAAACCCCUGCCAUGGGGCAGCCCCCUGCCGUGUGCUGCCUGACGGGGAGGCCCAGUGCGAAUGCCCCCAGGGGCGAGGGGGCACCACCUGCCAGACAGUUUCUGAGCGGGAUUAUUCUCAGCCCUUCCUGGCUGACUUCAACGGCUUCUCCUACCUGGAGCUGAAAGGCUUGCAUACCUUCGAGCGGGACCUGGGGGAGAAGAUGGCUCUGGAGGUGGUGUUCCUGGCGCGUGGCCCCAGCGGUUUGCUCUUCUACAACGGGCAGAAGACAGACGGCAAGGGGGACUUUGUGUCCCUGGCGUUGCAGGACCGCUUCCUGGAGUUCCGCUAUGACCUGGGCAAGGGGGCUGCAGUCAUCAGGAGCAAGGAGCCAGUGGCUCUGGACACCUGGACCAGGGUCUCACUGGAGCGCAAUGGCCGCAAGGGGGCCAUGCGUGUCAGCGAUGGGCCCCGUGUGCUGGGGGAGUCCCCGAAAUCCCGCAAGGUACCGCACACUGUCCUCAAUCUGAAGGAGCCGCUCUAUGUUGGGGGCGCCCCUGACUUCAGCAAGCUGGCCCGCGCAGCCGCCGUGUCCUCCGGCUUCGAUGGCGUCAUCCAGCUGGUCUCCUUGAAAGGCCACCAGCUGCUGAACCAGGAGCACGUGGUGCGGUCCAUGGAUGUCUCAUCUUUUGCCCACCACCCUUGUACCCAGGCCUCAGGCCACCCGUGCCUGCACGGGGCCUCCUGCCUCCCUCGGGAGGCCUCCUAUGAGUGCCUGUGCCCUGGGGGCUUCUCGGGGCCUCACUGCGAGCAGGGGCUGACUGAGAAGUCGGCAGGGGAUGUGGACGCGCUGGCCUUCGACGGACAGACCUACGUUGAGUACCUCAAUGCCGUGACUGAGAGCGAACUGACCAAUGAGAUCCCCGUUCCUGAUGCUCCGGAUUCCGGGGCCCUUCCCAGCGAGAAGGCCUUGCAGACCAGCCACUUCGAGCUGAGCUUGCGCACGGAGGCCACACAGGGGCUGGUGCUGUGGAGCGGCAAGGCCACAGAGCGGGCCGACUACAUCGCACUGGCCAUCGUGGACGGGCGCCUGCAGCUGGCCUACGACCUGGGCUCCCAGCCCGUGGUGCUGCGCUCUACCGUCCCAGUCAACACCGACCGCUGGUUGCGGGUCAGGGCGCACAGGGAACAGAGGGAAGGUUCCCUUCAGGUGGGCAACGAGGCCCCUGUGACUGGCUCUUCCCCGCUGGGUGCCACGCAGCUAGACACAGAUGGAGCCCUGUGGCUGGGUGGCCUGGAGAAGCUGCCCACGGGCCAGGCCCUGCCCAAGGCCUACAGCACAGGCUUUGUGGGCUGCCUCCGGGAUGUGGUGGUGGGUCGGCGCCCGCUGCAGCUGCUGGAGGAUGCUGUCACCAAGCCGGGGCUUCGGCCCUGUGCCGCCCCAUGAGACACACUGCAGCCCACCACGCACCCUGUUGUCAUUAUUUUCUAUUUUUGUAAACUCAUCGAUUUUUUGAUAUGGUUUUUUUGCCUAUGUGUUGGCCAGAGGGACUGCUGGGCCAGCUUCCCUACCGUCCAAGCAGAGAACUACAGAUAAACUCUGUGUCACGGGACUUGCAGGGGGAGAUGGCGCAGGCAGCAUGGAGGCCUUGUGCCCCUCCACCUUGGACCACUGCAUCUCACCCCUCUUGCUUUGCCUCCUCCAUGUGUCCACCUGGGCUGGGCCUGUGUCCCCAGAGCAGGCAAGCAAGCUGGGGCUUGAGGGGGCCUUUCCUCCCCGCAAGCCCUAGGAGGCCUUCCUGGGUCCCCACUUGAGGUGUCCCUCCUGCAUGUGCCGUAGGCCAGGGCAAACCUCGAGCCCAGCCCGGCUCCUCCCAGGCCUCCCGUGCCAAUACUGUGACUUAGAACCAAUGUUACAUUACUGUUGGGGCUACUGUACCCCUCCCUUCAAUCAUGUCCACUAAGCCCAGAGUGCUGGAGAACAGAGGCCAGGCCCAGACCUGGUCAGGGCACCUGGGUGCUUAGCUAGCCCUGCCUGUGUCCCCAGCCAGCUUGGACCUAGCUGUGUCCCCUCCCUGACACUGCAGGUCUCAUUAGGCGUUCUGAGAGGGAGCAGGGCUGCUAUAUGGUGUGGUCGAUGUCCACUGCCUGUUGCUUGGGCAGCUGGCAUCCCCCUCUCAAGGAUGGAUGUUGGGCCUGACCACCAACCUUUAUGCAUUGAUUUUGGUUGAUACCUGGGGUGACAGGGCCAUCAUCCUUCCUGUCCUGGCCCAAGGGCAGCUGAGCACUCUCCCUCUGGCUCUGGUACGAGGGGUGUCGUCCAAGACCAAGGCCAAGGGGUGGGUGUAGAGGCAGCAGAGAAAACUGCAAUAUUAUGCCCCAUUCCACCUUCCCCUCCCCCCCUACACCCUGCCGUCCUGUGGGGUGGCACCCCUCACCCUCCCACAGGGAGGGAGCCCAGAGGCUGGAGGGAGCCCCAUAUGUCAUGUCACUAACUCCAGUCUGUGUCUGUGUUUGUGUCCGUCACCGUAAAUAAAGUCUAAACACUUUA